GUCGCGAACCCAUUCCUCGAUAUCGUUCAGUCUGCAAUAAUGCACCCAGACUCUCAUCUGUUGAAGAUUCAGCGCGCUUUUGCGUAUUUCUCUUCAUUUUAUAGUGCACAGCCAAAGGGCUCCUUCGGAGGUAUGGAGCUAGAUGUCGCAGAAGCGCUGGAUGGAUCGCUCUUCCUUAGGACUUCAAGAUUGACU